AUGCCUCCCAAGCAUCCUCGAACCGACAACGACAGCAGCCCGUUCGCCGACACUGCCUUUUCUUCAUCCCCCGUGCAGCCUCCGCGAACCCGACAGCGCACCGGUUCCGCCACGGCCGCCGCCGACGAAGACGUUGAAGUUACGGGGCCCACGCAGCCAACACAACCGCCGAUCGAAUCAACAACCGCCGCAGCCUCUGCCAUGGACCCUUCCAAGAAGCCCGACGACGGCAGCAAGGCCAACCUGAUCCUCGUAUCCAACCGCCUGCCCCUCACGGUGAAGCGCCAGGGCGAUGGCAAGUACGACUUCUCUAUGAGCUCGGGUGGUCUUGUCACCGGCAUCAUGGGCAUGGCCAAGCAGGUCAACUUUACCUGGUACGGCUGGCCCGGCCUCGAGGUGCCGGAGCAGGAGCGCAAGCCCAUGAUCGACUCGCUCGCCAAGGACUUCUCUGCCGUGCCCGUCUUCCUGUCAAAGGACGACAUCGACCGCCACUACAACGGCUUCUCCAACUCCAUCCUGUGGCCGCUGCUGCACUACCACCCGUCGGACGUGACGUUUGACGAGCUGUCGUGGCAGGCCUACAACCGCGUCAACCGCGAGUUUGCCAAGACCAUGGCCCAGAACGUGCAGGACGGCGACAUUGUGUGGGUCCACGACUACCACCACUUUGUCCUGCCGCAGAUGCUGCGCGAGGAGCUGGGCCCCGAGCGCAAGAACGUCCGCAUCGGCUUCUUUUUGCACACGCCCUUCCCCUCGUCCGAGAUGUUCCGCAUCCUGCCCGUGCCCGUGCGCGAGGGCAUCCUCAAGAGCCUGCUGUCCUGCGACCUUGUCGGCUUCCACACCUACGACUACGCGCGCCACUUUUUGAGCAGCUGCUCACGCAUCCUGGGCGUCAACACGCUACCCAACGGCGCCGAGCUGAACGGCCGCUUUGUCACCGUCGGCGCCUUCCCCAUUGGCAUCGACGUCACCAAGUUUGAAGAUGCCUUCCAGAACCCCAAAGUGCUCGACCGCAUCCAGCAGCUCGAGAAGAAGUUUGCCGGUGUCAGCGUCGUCGUCGGCGUCGACCGCCUCGACUACAUCAAGGGCAUGCCGCAGAAGCUGCACUCGUUUGAGCUCUUUUUGACCGAGCACCCCGAGUGGGUCGGCAAGAUUGUGCUCGUCCAGGUGGCCGUGCCCUCGCGGCAGGACGUCGACGAGUACCGCGACCUCUGGAAGGAGACCAACGAGCUGGUCGGCCGCAUCAACGGCAAGUUUGGCACCGUCGAGUACAUGCCCAUCCACUGGCUGUACCACAGCGUGAGCUUCGAGGAGAUGACGGCGCUGUACGCGGUGUCGGACGUGUGCCUGGUGACGUCGACGCGCGACGGCAUGAACCUCGUGUCCUACGAGUACGUGGCGGCGCAAAACGACCGCCACGGCGUGCUGAUCCUGUCCGAGUUUGCCGGCGCUGCGCAGAGCCUCAACGGGUCGCUCAUCAUCAACCCGUGGAACACCGAGGACGUGGCCAAGGCCAUCUACACGGCGGUGACGAUGCCGGCCGAGCAGCGGGACGGCAACUUCCAGAAGCUGCGGCGGUACGUCUACCAGUACACGAGCCAGUGGUGGGGCCAAAGCUUUGUGUCGGAGCUGCGGGCCGUCAAGUCGGGGGAUCAGUAA